CGGAAACGAAAAAGGCCCCAAAAAACAGAGAUUAGGCCCCAAAAAACAGAUGUCAAUGGCUGCUUCUUCUUCUUCCUCUUCCUCGUGGAAGUACGACGUCUUCCUGAAUUUCAGAGGCGAAGACACUCGCAAGAUCUUCGUCGGCCAUCUCUACAGAGCUCUGGAUCAGAAAGCAAUCAACACCUUCAUCGACGCGGAAAAGCUCAGAAAAGGCAACGACCUUUCGGAACUCCUUUCAGCCAUCGAAGAGUCAAGGAUUUCGAUCGUGGUUUUCUCCCAGAACUACGCUUCUUCGACGUGGUGCUUGAAAGAACUGGUCAAAAUCCUGGCGUGCAUGGAUACAAAGAAUCAGAUAGUGGUGCCGAUCUUCUACCAAGUCGAUCCAUCUGAAGUUCGUAAGCUCAAGAGAAGUUUUGCAGAAGCUUUUGCUCAACACGAACGCGAAUCGAACGCCGAAAUGGAAGAGGUGAAGAGCUGGAGGUCCGCACUAACCAGAGCCACCAAUUUAUCCGGAUGGGAUUCGCGAAAAUACGAGGAUGAUGCCAAGCUUAUUGAGGAAAUUGUGGUUGACAUAUUUAAGAGAUUGAUCCAUGUCUCCUCAAGCAAAGAUAAUGGCUUGGUUGGAAUGGAUUACCACAUAGAUAAAGUGAAUUCACUGUUACGUCCUGGGGUGAAUGAUGUUUUCACUGUUGGAAUAUGGGGUAUGGGAGGUAUAGGCAAAACCACCAUCGCUCGCGCUGUUUAUGAUGAAAUCGCUUGUCAAUUUGAAGCUUGCUGCUUUCUCGAAAAUAUCAAGGAAGGCUUCUCGAAAAAUGGUGCAGCACAUAUGCAGGAAGUGCUUCUUUCUAGAAUCUUGAAGGAAAAGGUGCAGAGUUUAGGCACGUUGGAUCGAGGUUCCAGAGUGAUAAUGGAAAGGCUACAAAGGAAAAAAGUGUUCAUUGUUCUUGAUGACGUUGAUGAAUUAUCCCAAAUCGAAGCCUUACUUGGAGAGCAGCAUUCAUUUGGCGGUGGAAGUCGGGUCAUUAUAACAACUAGAGAUAAACAAUUAUUAAGUGGAGCUGGUGCUGUAUAUGAGCCCGAGAACUUAAGGGAGCCAGAAGCUCUUAAACUCUUCAAGCAGUAUGCCUUCAGAACAAACCAACCCACCAGAGUUUAUGAUCAGCUCUCAAGGGAUGUCAUACAAUAUGCUCAAGGUCUGCCUUUAGCACUCAAAGUGUUGGGAGCUUUUCUUGAUAACAAAACAUUGCCCGAGUGGGAAGAUGUGUUAGAAAAAAUAAGGAAGAUCCCGCAAAGGGGAAUUCAUAAUGUGCUUAAAACAAGCUUCGAUGGACUGGAUGAUUCAGAGAAGAAUGUCUUUCUAGAUAUUGCAUGUUUCUUGAAAGGAAUGGAUAUAGACAUGGCAAAAAAAAUUCUGGACAGUUGUGGCUUCUAUCCCCAUACUGGAAUAAGAGUUCUAAUUGAUCGAGCUCUAAUAUCUGUCUCAGAGUGGGGGACACUGGAGAUGCAUGAUUUACUAGAGGAAAUGGGUCGGGAAAUCGUUCGCCAAGAAUCUAUCAAAGAGCCUGGAGAAAGAAGUAGGUUGUGGAGUUAUGAAGAUGUUCAUCAUGUGCUGACUAAAAAUACAGCUACAGAAGCAGUUGAAACCAUAAUCCUGGAUUCGGCAAUCUUGAAAGAGGGAUGCUCAAAUACUGAAGCUUUUGUUAGUAUGACAAAACUAAGACUGCUCAUGAUCGGUGAUGACGCUGAUAUUUACACCAAGCAUUUUUACAAAUAUCAUCUUGCAGUCAGGGAUUCAUUUGGCCAUCAAACUCCAAGUGAUUGCUUCAUAGAACACUGGAUUGCGGACUUAAAGUUCCAAUCUUCUCAAUUGAGGUGCCUCAUCUGGCGUGAUUGCCCCCUAAAGUCUUGGCCAUCCAACUUUCAGUUCAAGAAUCUUGUAAACCUUGACAUGAGCUAUAGUUGCAUCGAACAACUUUGGAAAGGAGCUGAGCCUCUGGAAAAGUUGAAAUUCAUCAAUUUAUGUCAUUGUCAAUACCUUAAGAAAACCCCUGACUUCACAAGGGCUACAAGUCUUGAGGAACUGAGAUUCGAAAAUUGUACAAGGUUAUGUGAGGUUGACCCAUCCAUUUCAGCUUUGAAAAACCUUGCUAUAUUGAGUCUAACUUGGUGCAUUGAUCUUAAGAUUCUUCCGAGCAUCACUGGUAUGAAGUCUCUUAAAACCAUUCGUCUUUCCGGUUGCUCAAGCCUUGAGAAGUUUCCUGAGAUUUCAGAUGUUAUGGAGAAGCUAUCAGAGUUAUAUUUAGGUGGGACUGCAAUUAAAGAACUGCCUUCAUCAAUUAAUAAACUCACGGGCCUUGCUACUUUGGACCUACGAGGCUGUCGAGAACUCAAGAGCCUGCCGAGCAGCAUUCAUAUGGGAUCUCUUCAAACCUUUAAUCUUUCUGGUUGCUCAAACCUUGAGAUGUUUCCAGUGAUUUCAGAAGUUAUGGAGGAGCUAUCAGAGCUUCAUUUAGAUGGGAUUGCAAUUAAAGAACUGCCUUCGUCAAUUAAUAAACUCACGGGCCUUACUGUUUUGGACCUAUCUGGGUGUCAAGAACUCAAGAGCCUGCCGAGCAGCAUUCAUAUGAGAUCUCUUCAAACCCUUAAUCUUUCUGGUUGCUCAAACCUUGAGAAGAAGUUUCCUGAGAUUUCAGAUGUUAUGGAGAAGCUAUCAGAGUUAUAUUUAGGUGGGACUGCAAUUAAAGAACUGUCUUCGUCAAUUAAUAAACUCACGGGUCUUCCUGCUUUGGACCUACGUGGCUGUCAAGAACUCAAGAGCCUGCCGAGGAGCAUUCAUAUGAGAUCUCUUCAAACCCUUAAUCUUUCUGGUUGCUCAAACCUUGAGAAGUUUCCUGAGAUUUCAGAUGUUAUGGAGAAGUUAUCAGAGUUAUAUUUAGGUGGGACUGCAAUUAAAGAACUGUCUUCAUCAAUUAAUAAACUCACGGGCCUUGCUACUUUGGACCUACGAGGCUGUCGAGAACUCAAGAGCCUGCCGAGCAGCAUUCAUAUGGGAUCUCUUCAAACCCUUAAUCUUUCUGGUUGCUCAAACCUUGGGAAGUUUACAGAAAUUUCAGAUGUUAUGGAGAAGCUAUCAGAGUUAUAUUUAGCUGGGACUGCAAUUAAAGAACUGUCUUCGUCAAUUAAUAAACUCACGGGCCUUACUGUUUUGGACCUAUCUGGGUGUCAAGAACUCAAGAGCCUGCCGAGCAGCAUUCAUAUGAGAUCUCUUCAAACCCUUAAUCUUUCUGGUUGCUCAAACCUUGAGAAGUUUCCAGAGAUUUCAGAUGUUAUGGAGAAGCUAUCAGAGUUAUAUUUAGAUGGGACUGCAAUUAAAGAACUGCCUUCGUCAAUUAAUAAACUCACGGGCCUUACUGUUUUGGACCUAUAUGGGUGUCAAGAACUCAAGAGCUUGCCGAGCAGCAUUCGUGUGGGAUCUCUUCAUACCCUUUUUCUUUCAGGCUGCUCAAAACUUGAGAAGUUUCAUGAGAUUUCAGAUGUUGUGGAGGAGCUAUCAGAGCUUCAUUUAGAUGGGACUGCAAUUAAAGAAUUGCCUUCGUCAAUUAAUAAACUCACAGGUCUUCUUACUUUGGACCUACGAGGCUGUUCGAGAACUCAAGAGCCUGCCGAGCAGCAUUCAUAUGGGAUCUCUUCAAACUCUUAAUCUUUCUGGUUGCUCAAACCUUGAGAAGUUUACAGAGAUUUCAGAUGUUAUGGAGAAGCUAUCAGAGUUAUAUUUAGCUGGGACUGCAAUUAAAGAACUGUCUUCGUCAAUUAAUAAACUCACGGGCCUUAUUACUUUG